AACCCAACGUAAAAUCUUGAUAAUGGAAUCCGAGAAAGAUGGUGUAACUACCUUCGCAAAUUUUGUAGCCUACCAUAGUACUCAGUUGGAAUCUGCAGGUGUUCCUACACACCUUUGGGAAACUUUGUAUAGGAAGCUGAACGAGCAAGUCUUUGAUGCAGGAAAUACUUUUCAGAUUCUGAAAAGUGAAACUGAUAAACCGUCUUGGAAGGUUGUGGUUUCUUUUGAAGAAAGUGUUGACUCAAAAGACCCAAGUCAUAUCUACUUAAUAGAUCAUGCUUGGACAUACCGUGUUUUUGAAGCAAAGAGUCACCUCAGGGUUAUUGAUGGUCUUCUUGAAAGGAUGAGAGACCUUAUGGGGAUCAAAGAUGACAGCUCGGGGGAUGAAGCAGUGGACAGAGUUUUCAAUGAAAUGUGGAAAUUCAACCAAACAUACACCAUUGGAUCAGUGUCAGAUGUUGAAGAGAGAAUUCCAGUGUGGUAUAUUCUGGAUGAAUUUGGUUCAGCAAUUCAACACUCCAAUGACCCAACUUUCAGGGCUGUACCAUUUAUUCAUAUGCCACAUCAAAUACCAUAUUCAGUCCUUUUCCCAGUUCAGGAUUUGACCAAAGGAGAAGAGGUUACAAGGGAUUAUGUGGAGGGUCUUUUAACACAACCUAAUUUUAGAGAAGCUUUAUUGUUGCCUUGGUUUCCAAAGUCAUUUCUGUUGGAAGAUUUUAGGCAAGAGGAGCCAAGUGAUGAAUAUUAUUUGGAAGGACACUCAGCAGAGUCCUUGCCACAUUUAGAUGCUUAUGCUGCUAAACAAGGGCAGAAGACAAAGCUUAAAGUAUACUCAGAAUAUAGAUUUGUGAAUGAUUACCUGAAGCACCCUAGAUUUGAAAUUACUUAUGAAGAAGAAGAUGCAGAUGUUCUUUGGUAUGUACAUCAUUUCACAGACUACAGAGCACUAGGAGAAAGAAAGUCUUUUGUUUAUGUGAAUCAGUUUCCAUUUGAAAAUGUGAUCACCAUUAAAGAUCUCCUUUCCAUCACCAGCCGGAGGAAUUUAAAUUAUUUCAGAAAUUCUGAGUCAAAAACACUAGAGACACAGCCUUUGUGGUUACCAACAACAUUUAAUCUCAAGACUGAACUUGUAAAAUUUGUUAGUUAUUACCAGAAUCGCCAAGAAAAAUGUUUAGAUAACCACUGGAUCUGCAAACCUUGGAAUCUGGCUCGAGGUAUAGACACCCAUAUUACAAGCAAUUUGAAUUAUAUUUUGAGAUUGCCAUUUACGGGCCCAAAAAUUGCUCAGAAAUACAUUGAGGACCCAGUGCUUUUCAGUAGACCAGAUUGUGGGGGUGUGAAAUUUGAUAUUCGGUAUGUUGUUCUGCUCAAAAGCGUGAAACCAUUGGUAGCAUAUGCUUAUAGGAAUUUCUUCCUUCGUUUUUCCAACAAGCCAUUUGAACUCAGGGACUUUGAUGACUAUGAGAAACACUUCACUGUCAUGAACUAUACUGAUACUGCUGUACUGUAUCGUAAAUUGUGCCACGAGUUUGUAGAAGAGUUUGAGUGUCAGUACCCAGAACACAAAUGGGAUGUUAUUGAAGCAAAGAUAUUUAAAAUGUUGCAUGAGCUGCUGGUUGCUGCAACAAGUAGGGACCCUCCCCGUGGAAUAGCGCAUAGUCCACAGUCGCGUGCCCUAUAUGCUGCUGACAUCAUGCUGUCCUGGUCAGUGGACAGCAGUAACUGCCGUGACAUGCAGCCCAAGCUCUUGGAAGUUAACUGGAGUCCUGAUUGCCAAAGAGCAUGUGAAUAUUAUCCAGACUUCUAUGACAAUGUUUUUGGUCUACUUUUCUUGGAUGAAGAAAAAGACGUAUUCAGACUGUUGUAAAAUAUUGCCACUAAGAUACUAAAUUUUUAUUAUUAUUUUUAUAUGUAAAGUGAAUUUGUGAUAAAUGCAAAACAAGCUGGUGUCAUUGUGACUGCUUAGUUUGUAAAUCAUUAUUAACUGUAUAUGUUAGACAUAAUCUGUUCAUAAUUCCAACUUUUCACAAUCCAUCAUCAGCAGAAAUACAGUUCCUAAAAUAUAUUAUGAAUUACCACAGAACUGCAAGUAUUCAUUGGCUUUACCAUUAUUGCAUCUAACAAAUUCAAAUUUUUUUUCUUUGAUGUUAGUUUUUUUAAAGGUGUUUACAGGUAUAAAGUUAUUUAAUAAUCUGCCUCUUGAAAUAAAGGGGAUUGUUGGGAUACACAA